CCAUCUAUCUGCGCCUCAGAGCAACUCAGGCGCACUCUGACAGACAGCGUGGUUCGUCAUGAGGCAGGCUGUCCACUGCUCGGCUUAAGAGCACUUAAUCUGUCAUUAGGGAGUUAUUUUCAGACAGAGCACCAGCGACGGCCAUCGACUGGCUACUUUGCAGCCGUCCAAACCUCGAUCUCCCCGGUUGGUUUCUUCCCGACCGGCACCGCUUGUUUUGUUUAGGCUACUUAUUCGUUUGAGAAAACUUUCCACCGCAGCCUGACCCUCCUCCUCCUCGUUUGUCCUCUCAGACAGUAGGGCCAUACUUGUGAGCCUCGGCAGAGAGAUGGAGAUGGAGCAUUUCGACGAGCGGGACAAAAGUCAGAGGCACAGCCGGUCCAGUGCGAAGAUGAACGGGGUGCAGAGUCCUACACACAGCGCCUACUGCAGCCUGUACCGGACCAGGACCCUGAAGACUCUGACCACAGAGAAGAGAGCCAAGAAGGUCCGCUUCUACCGCAACGGAGACCGGUACUUUAACGGGAUAGUGUACGCCAUCUCCACAGACAGGUUCCGGACCUUUGACGCGCUGCUGGCGGACCUGACCCGCUCCCUGUCCGACAAUGUCAACCUGCCGCAGGGCGUCCGGACCAUCUACACCCUGGAUGGCUGCAAGAAGAUCACAAGUAUUGAGCAGCUGGUAGAAGGUGAAAGCUAUGUGUGCAGCUCCAUCGAAGCUUACAAAAAGUUGGAUUACACGAAAAACGUGAACCCCAACUGGUCGGUGAAUGUCAAGGCCUCAGCUGCGUCCUCCCGCGGGCCCCCCUCCCUGGGCAGCACCAAUGCCGGGGCCCCAGAGAGCCGCGAAAUCAAGGACUUCAUACGUCCAAAGCUUGUGACAGUGGUGCGGAGCGGAGUGAAGCCCCGCAAAGCUGUGAGGAUCCUGCUGAACAAGAAAACAGCCCAUUCCUACGAACAAGUCCUGACCGACAUCACUGAUGCCAUCAAGCUUGACUCCGGCGUGGUGAAGAAGAUGUUCACACUGGAGGGCAAACUGGUGUCGUGUCUGCAAGACUUUUUUGGCGAGGAAGACGUUUUUGUGGCAUGUGGACCGGAAAAAUUCCGUUACCAAGACGACCUGAUGUUGGACGAGAGUGGUGAGGGGACUAUUGCACGGUACUCCUUGUCUUCCCUGUAUAAGACACAUCUCCCUGGUUCAGGUGGCAGAGAGUGUCGUAUGAUGAAGGCUGUGAACUACGGGAAGGUGUCAGGCUCUCUGAGCCGAGGCUCCCCCAGGACUGUCAUCCAAUCACAAUACAGCAAGUCCCCUGCAUCUGUGAACGGGACGCCGGCCAGUCAGCUGUCCACUCCUCAUUCGGGAAAAUCUCCCAGCCCCUCCCCGACUAGCCCAGGCAGCCUCAGCCAACGCCAGGGGUCCCAGGGUUCUUCCACCUCUCUGUCUUCCACUAAAGUUUCCAGCUCACUGGAAGACGGGAAUGGAACUGUUAUUGAAGCUGAGGUUCUAGUUGAUGAGGUUCCAGCUGUGCCGUCCUAUAUAUCAGACCGCUACAAGGUGGGACGCAUGUUAGGCGAUGGGAAUUUUGCAGUGGUCCGGGAAUGUGUGGAGCACUCCACAGGACGGGAGUAUGCUCUGAAGAUCAUCAACAAGGGCAAAUGCAGAGGCAAGGAGCACAUGAUCCAGAACGAGGUGGCCAUCCUCCGCAGGGUUAAACAUCCAAAUAUUGUCCUGCUCAUAGAGGAGAUGGACACAUACAGCGAACUCUAUCUGGUCAUGGAGCUGGUCAAGGGUGGAGAUCUGUUUGAUGCCAUCACCUCCGCCAACAGGUACACAGAGAGAGACGCUAGCGGCAUGCUCUACAACCUGGCCAACGCCAUCAAAUACCUCCACAGCCUGAACAUUGUGCACAGAGACAUCAAACCAGAAAACCUAUUGGUGUAUGAGCAUGCAGACGGCAGCAAAAGCCUGAAACUGGGAGACUUUGGAUUGGCGACUGUGGUGGACGGACCUCUCUACACUGUCUGCGGGACCCCGACAUAUGUAGCACCUGAAAUCAUCGCAGAAACAGGGUAUGGCCUUAAGGUGGACAUCUGGGCAGCUGGAGUCAUCACCUACAUCCUGCUGUGUGGUUUUCCGCCCUUUAGAGGGAGCAGUGACGAUCAGGAAGCACUUUUUGAUCAGAUACUAAUGGGACAGCUAGAAUUUCCUCUACCGUACUGGGACAACGUGUCAGAGACUGCCAAGGAGCUGAUUCGAUCCAUGCUGGAAGUGGAAGUGGAUCAGAGAUACAUUGCCCUCCAGGUGCUAGAACACCCUUGGGUCACUGAUGAGGGUCUAUGUGAGAAUGAUCAUCAGUUGUCAGUAGCAGGGAAGAUAAAGAAGCACUUCAACACCAGUCCGAAGGUCAAUGACACCACUGCAGGAGUGUCAGUCAUUUCUUUGGACGACAGUUUUUCUAUGCAGAGAUCUGGGUCGUUGGAUUUCUACCAGCACCCGGCCAUGUACUGGAUAAGGCCACCCCUCUUGAUAAGGAGGGGCAGGUUCUCAGACGAGGACGCCACCCGAAUGUGAAGCCGCUGUCAUGGCAGAUGAUGCUGACAAUGACAACAGUAACAACAUCAACAAUGACAACACUAUGGGCGGAGCCUCCCAGUUGCCUCCCUGGCCUGUCCUCUCUGACCCCUGACACUUGCUCUGACCCUUUCCCAAACCCCAGCCUCCCAUCUGACUCUGAUGACAUCUCCAUCAGCUCAGCCAGUAUCAUCCACUCCCCCAACUCGCCCUUCUAGAGAGGAGUCUGAGUGGAGGAGGAAGAAGCAAGUGGGGGAAAUCCUCAUCCAGCUCCUCCCUCUACAUGGAGGAGGAGGAAGAGGAGACGUCAGCUUUCCCACAGUCUUCUUUCUAAGGCUGGGGGUGAAUUGGGAAAAACUGUUGAGGAUAAAAAAAUAGAAAUCAGAGAUGACUUUUAGCUCCCCUGAAUCCAUCUUUCCGAACCUGGAGGAGAGAUAGAUCAAAGGGUGGAUAGAGGAAAAGAGGGUAGAGAGGUUGGGAGAAAGACCAUAAAGGCAACAAGACAACAAAAUGGAGAACUCGAGGGAUAAGGCGGACUGGGUCGAAAUACUUUUUGUUUGUUUCUUUUUAACAUUCUCUCCUCUGAGCCCAUGUUGCCAAGCUUAAGGAGCGAGAAAGGGUAACAGUAUCGUUUACCCUUCAGUGAUGAUCCAGCUUCAACAUGGAGACUUCCUUAUGGUGGAGCAGCUCUACAAGGCAAUAUGAGAAUAUGGACCAAUGUUCAUGUUUUAUUGAACCUUAUUUAACCAUUCCUUAUUCACUGCAUUUUUAAUAUGUAUUUCCCUUUUUCAUAAAGGAUAUGUCUUUGUUGAUUUGUCCUAAGAUCUUAUAGUAAAGAAAAUAAUUGAAAAGUGUGUAGAAGUAGAGCUCAGAAAUUUUAGGCAAAUGUAGACUAAUGUGGAAAGAUCAGAGCUACAGUGUGUAGAGAAAGAAGUUUUUCUCACAAAUGUGUUAAAUACAGUCGUCAUAGGAAGAUAAAUCAUCAAAGACAGCACUGGCGUUGCCUUUUUGCAAUGUUGGAUUGCAGUACUGCAGUUUACAUUUUACACAGACUGCUAUUAAGACAACAAUGGUGCAUUUGAUUCCUGCUUGUAAUUUUGUCAACUGCUUUGUUCAUGACAUGUUCAUAUUGAUACACAAAAUUCAGCAGCAUUCAGGUGCUUGUGUAGCAAACGCAACAUUCUUUCCUCAAAGCGCACAGUUUCACAAUCAUUCUGAAUUGAUAUCAUAUUAAUCUUGAUAUUUUGUGAUGCUCAUAUUCACAUUUGAAGCCUUGUUUACAUUUUCCCCAAAACUGAAGGCUUAUUUCAUCCACAUAUCCCAGCAGUAAAGAAAGGUAUAAUUGUUGCAGCCUAGGUGUACCAGCUGUAUGGGUUUGGAGAUAUGUUUUAGGUCGUAAAUGUAUACAAUUAACAGUUUAUGAGGGCUGCCUAUUUGCACAAAGUACUGCAGUGUAGAUGCACUCAAGAAAGACAGUAUGGAUGUCGGAGAACCAGCAACACUCUUGGAACGCAAAACAGUUAAAAGGAGAGAAGAGGAUUUAUUUUAGCCGUGUAUAACCUCAUUCAUGGCUUCAUUUAUUCAGAUGAAAGCAUGCCAGACAUACCGUAGCCUAUUCUUAUAAAACAAAACAGUUUGUGAUGAAGUAUUGUUUGUAUGUUAUGUAAAUAACAUAAUUUCAUUUAUUUUGAUAGUUCACAAUACAGUAUAUUUCUUUACUAGUAGCUAUGUCUUUGGAAACUGUAAAAAACAACUGUCAUACAUGUGUCUCAUUCAGUCAGCAAAUAAAAAAAAUAACCUAGAGGAGAUGAUCAGGUCAAAAUGAAACAAUACAGAUAAGUUGAAAAAAA